AUGUCAGAGAACAAAAGUGAAAUGUGUGUGCAGCAGUCAGCGCAAAGGGGCCUCUUUGGUGUUUUCCCUUCCACCCAAAGUCCCGAAAGCCAGCGGAGCCGAGGCCUGGAGGGAAGGGGGCCUCCUCCGCCAGGAAAAGGCAAGGACAGCGUUGGCGUGUGGCCAGCAGUCGGAAAGGUGGGGAAGGGGCUGACAGCUGGCCAGCCCCUAAAGGCAGGUGGGGGGAGUGGGCCCCUCACCUGUGAAGACCUCUUGCAACAAAAGAAACAGAAGAUUGCAAUUUGCCCUCUCUUGCAGUAG